AUUGGAAUCGUUAUCAAAUCUUGGUGUGAGUGCUUUUAAACAACAUGGUGCUAUUGUUUAUGAUUCUUUUCGUAAUAUUUUCCAACGUAGCGUUGGGUCAAUAUAACGAUAAAGAUGAGAAUAAAAAUCAAGCUAGUCCAAGUAAAUACGGUGGUGAAUUUUUAAAGGCGACGGACAAAAAUGAUGGUUAUAUCCAACAAACAAAUCUUCCUAAUUUUUUGUUUGUUUCGAAUAACGAUGAAAAUCCAAAUCCGGGUCCUCAAAUGUUUAUACCUCCGCAAAUAGCAAGAAUAAGUGAAUUUCGUGCCCCAGAUCAAUUCAAAUUUGUUCCUCCAGAAGACCAACAAUAUCGACCAAGACAUAUUGACCACCAACAACCUCCAGUACUUUUUGAUCAACCCGAAUUUGCAGUUAUUGAACCUAUUGUGCCGAUAAGACCGCAAUAUCCGCAUUAUUUACGUGAAAUCCUUAAACAACAAGGUUACAUUAUUGUUGAGCAAGAACAAGUACCCAGAUUGCAAGUUGGAAAAGAAGACUCCGAAGAAUUAAUCGAUGAUAAUCAAUUACCGCCGAUUACCAAAAAUAAUUUUAAUAAUUUUGGAAGAAACAGUCGAUUUGAUAACGGGGAUGUUGAACUUAUUUAUGGCUCGAGUAAAUUAGUUCCAAAAACGCUUUUAAAAGGGAUUCGAAAGGUUCGAGGUGUUAGAAGGUUGAGAUAA